AAAUAUCUAAAAAGAAACUCAAAGAUUCACCGAACCAAAUAAAAAAAGAUGCAAAGCCGUUUCUUCUUCUUCAUCAUUGUUAUCUCUCUCUCCCCCAUCUUCAUUUCCCCCCUGAUCGCUACUUUCUGCAACGAAGACAUGGCCAUGCUCGGAGGCGUUCGCGAUGUACCUGCUAACCAGAACAGUGGUGAGGUCGAGAGCCUCGCUCGUUUCGCUGUCGAUGAACACAACAAGAAAGAGAAUGCACUGCUCGAGUUCGCGAGAGUGGUGAAGGCGAAAGAGCAAGUUGUGGCGGGAACGAUGCACCACCUGACUCUGGAGAUCAUCGAGGCUGGGAAGAAGAAGCUUUACGAGGCUAAAGUGUGGGUGAAGCCUUGGUUGAACUUCAAGGAGUUGCAGGAGUUCAAGCCUGCUAGUGAUGAUGGUUCCCCUUCUGCCACCAUCACUCCCUCAGAUCUUGGCUGCAAGAAAGAUGAGGGUGCAUCUGGAUGGAGGGAAGUUCCAGGAGAUGAUCCGGAAGUGCAGCACGUUGCUGAUCAUGCUGUUAAGACUAUACAGCAGAGGUCUAACUCUUUGUUUCCUUAUGAACUUCAGGAGGUUGUUCAUGCCAACGCUGAGGUCACUGGGGAGGCUGCAAAGUACAACAUGGUUCUGAAGUUGAAGAGAGGAGAGAAGGAGGAGAAGUUCAAGGUGGAGGUUCACAAGAACCAUGAAGGUGUUCUCCAUCUCAACCACAUGGAGCAACACCAUGACUAGUUCCGUAUGUAAUAAUAUUGGCUGUUUGCUUACUCUGUAAGAUAUUUUAACUUCUGAUGCUACUAUUAAUCCCUUAAAUAACAUACCAGAAGAAAUAAAUUAAGUUACAGUC